GACUCAACUAUUGAGUUACCGAUUAAUGGUUCCAGACGACUUGAGCCUGUCCGUUCAAAUACUUCUAAUGUCGGCGCUGAAGACACUGUUCAGUCACCUUGUUCUCUUAUUUUCUCUAUUUUGCCCCCCACAUCUGGGCAAGGCAAUUUACACAAUAACCCUACCACUGCUAUAGGUAGCUCCAAAACUACUAGCGCCGUCAUGAUAGGCUCCAACGUCGGGAUUGGAUUGGGCGUUGGAUCUAUGAUCGCCGCAUCAUCCUGUAAACUAGAGGGUGCUGCUGGCCAAAUAGUUUCUGGUGUGAAAAUCGCCUCAUCACCAACGAUAGCCACCAAUGUUGGUCAAAUGGCGUUUAUACCACCACAAAAUGCCAUGGCAACUGCUGUUAGCCUCGCGACACCUAGGUAG